UCAGCCAUGAUCAAAGCUUUAUGACAAUUAUCAGGCAAUCAAAUUCAAUAAAAAUGGUUCCAGUUUAUGCCUUUAUUCUUUGCAUUUUCAUAUUUCAACUUGGUUCCCAAUUCUGUCUAGCAAUAAACAGCAUAACACCAACACAUUUCCUAAAAGACCCUGAAGCAAUAGUUUCCAAUAAUAGCCUAUUUAAACUAGGAUUUUUCAGCCCUCCUAACUCGAAAAAUCGCUAUGUCGGAAUCUGGUACAAUCACCCUACUGUCAUGGACGUCGUAUGGGUAGCUAACAGGAAUAAUCCUCUCUUAGAUUCUGGUGGAUUGCUUUCAUUAUCAGCUGAUGGGAAUCUUAAAGUCUCAAAUGCAAGGAAUGAGACACUAUGGUCAUCUAAUGUCACAUAUCCUGCUGCGUAUCUCUCUGUUGCAGCUCAGCUUUUGGAUUCCGGAAACCUUGUUGUUCAAGGUUCCACAUCCAAAGAUGAUCCUGGAAAUGAUACAAAUAUUUGGCAGAGUUUUGAGCACCCUACAGACACAAUUUUACCAAAUAUGAGAUUCGUUUUCACCCAGAAUUUUAGUUCGAAGUCUGGUCCACGUGCUUGGAAUAGCUCAUCUGAUCCCUCAGACGGAAGAUUCUCUAUAGGUACUAGUUCUUUAGGUCUGUUCCAGGUGUUAAUAAGGGAUGGAGAUCAGUUACACUGGCGAAGUGGUCCUUGGAAUGGUAACAUUUUCAUUGGGACGAGGUACCACAACACUGGAAAUGGUAACAUCUUGGUGAAUACUGGGUCAUUCUCACAGGAAGGGGCAGGAGGGAUGCUUUCUGUGGUAUUUGCUGGUGCAAAUGAGACUUCAAUGUCACAUUAUGCAUUGAAUUAUCAAGGAACAAUGACUCAAACAUGGUGGGAUGAUAGAAAUAAGAAUUGGGGGCUCUUAUGGAAGGCACCAGAUAAUGACUGUGAUAUAUAUGGAAAAUGUGGAGAAUUUGGCAGCUGCAGUCCUAAUAAUCCGCCAAUUUGCAGCUGUUUAAAAGGUUUUGAACCUAAAAACAAGGAGGAAUGGAGGAGAGGAAAUUGGACAAGUGGGUGUGUAAGAAGAAAGCAACUGCAAUGCAAUGUUACAGGGAGUAGCAAACAAGACGGAUUUCUGAGGUUGCAGAUGAUGAAAGUGCCGGACAAUGCUGAGUUAUAUACGGGUCUGGGUAUAGAUCAGUGCAGAAACACAUGUUUAACAAACUGCUCCUGUUUGGCUUAUGCAUAUGAUACUCAACUCACUUGUUUGAGGUGGAGUCGGAACUUGAUCGACGUUGCAGACCUUUCCCCUACAGGGAUCGAUCUCUACCUCCGGCUUGCACAAUCAGAGCUAGGUAACUUUAAAAAAAACAGGACAAUCAUUGAACUCACUGUAAUUUUAGGAACAGCAGUAAUUGCUGCCAUUGUAUGGUUUUUGUGGAGAAGAUCUCGGUCAAAAAGUCUAUUGCCAUCUUUAUCGUUCAUGAACACUGUAAAGAAAAAAGCAACACAACCCUUUGCGUUUGGAGACAAAAACCAAGCUAUGAUUGAUGAAUUGGAAAUGCUGAAAUUCGAAAAACUGGACGAAGCAACAGACGGCUUCCAUGAGAGGAAUUUACUCGGGAGAGGUGGAUUUGGUCAAGUAUACAAGGGAAUACUGGAAGACGGAAAAGAAAUAGCAGUAAAAAGGCUAUCAAGAGCAUCAGGGCAGGGCAUUGAAGAAUUUAUGAAUGAAGUUGCACUGAUUUCGAAGCUUCAACACCGGAAUCUCGUCAAGCUAUUGGGAUGUUGUAUUGAAGGGGAAGAGAAGAUGCUGAUAUAUGAAUACAUGCCAAAUAAAAGCUUGGAUGCCUUCCUUUUUGAUCCAGAAAAGGGUGAACACUUAGACUGGCAGAAACGCUUUAACAUCAUUGAAGGGGUGUGCCGAGGCCUGCUUUACCUUCACAGGGACUCGAGGUUAAAGAUUAUCCAUAGAGACCUUAAACCAAGUAAUAUUUUGCUGGAUAAAGACCACAAUCCAAAAAUUUCAGACUUCGGCAUGGCUAGAAUUUUUGGGGGUAAUAAGGAUCAAGCUAGUACUCAAAGAGUUGUCGGAACAUAUGGCUACAUGUCUCCAGAAUAUGCAAUGGAAGGACACUUCUCUGAAAAAUCAGACGUUUUCAGCUUAGGGACACUACUGAUUGAGAUGGUAACCGGAAAAAAGAACAACAAUUUCUGGCAUCACGAAGACUCCCUGAGUCUCUUAGGCUAUGCUUGGAAAUUAUGGAACGAAAACAACGUUGUUUCACUGAUCGAUCCAUCAAUUUCCGCUGUACACCUUCAAGCUGAUAUUGUUAGAUGCAUGCAAGUAGGGCUGUUGUGUGUGCAAGAAUUCGCCAAAGAUAGGCCAAAUGUCUCAACAGUCAUCUCCAUGCUCGUAAGAGAUAUAAUGGAUCUUCCUGAUCCUAAACAACCAAGAUUCAGUCAACGACAGAUACAUUCUAAUACAGAGUCAUCUCCGACCUCAGAACAAACAGCUUCUACAAACUAUGUUACUACUACAUGUUUGACAGCCCGAUAACAUAUGAAAUGAACUUCAAUGUGGUUCCCCAAUAUUGGAUGAAUAGCUAAAAAUGUGAAUACUGUCAAUAUUCUCAUCCUUAGUACUUUGAUUUUCCUACUUUUUACUCAUCGCAAAGACUUACAUGUCAUGAAACAGAGUGUCAUUGCUGAUGGUUAUCAUAAGACUAUUGAUCUGUUGUAGUAGAAAAAUUGAACUUCUACACUAACAACCAAAAACAGGUGUGACUAGUGAAAGCAAAAAGGAAGUUUGAGUUGGUCAAAUUUGCCACAGUUUUUGAUUAUUCUAAGUCCUUGUAUAAACAAUAUCAUCAAUUUCUACUAAUACUUAAUUACCACCAAAAAGAGUCUAAAACUCAACUAUCUCCAACCUAAAUUAAAAAAAGGGUUUUUUAUCAUUGCUAGACCUCAACUUUUACGGUUUAUCAUUAGUAGCCUUGAGUUUUUUAAAAUUAACUCCUUCCUAUUCAUAUUAAAUGU